GGGCGGCGCGGCCGGAGCCCGGGGCGCGCACUCGGCCCGGCCCGGGCCCCAGCAUGGCCGAGCCGCUCCUCAGGAAAACCUUCUCCCGCCUGCGGGGCCGGGAGAAACUUCCCCGGAAAAAGUCGGACGCGAAGGAGCGCGGCCGGCCAGCCCAGCGCCCGGAGCCCAGUCCUCCAGAGCCAGAGCCCCACGCCCCCGAAAAGUCCCAGGCUGGGGCAGAGGGCCCCCCUAGCCCCGAGGCAUCCCGGAGCCCAGCUCGGGGGGCCUACCUGCAGAGCCUGGAGCCCAGCAGCCGCCGAUGGGUGCUGGGUGGGGCCAAGCCACCAGAAGAGGCUGCUUUGGGGCCCAGGGCGCCCGGCAGCGGGGAGCCCGCGGGUGAGAUCUGGUACAACCCUAUCCCUGAGGAAGACUCCAGACCCCUGGCACCUGAGCCCCCGGGGCCACAGCCAGGCUCAGCGGAGCCAGAGGGCCCAGCCUCGCAAGGCGCGGCCCCUGCCAGCCCCCCAGCCAAAGCCUCCCGCACGAAGUCCCCCGGCCCAGCCAGGCGCCUCUCCAUGAAGAUGAAGAAGCUGCCUGACCUUCGGCGGCGCCUCAGCCUGCGGGGCACCCGGGCGGGCCGCGAGCGUGAGAGGGCCGCCCCCGAGGGCUCCGUCAUCAGCCGCUACCACCUGGACAGCAGUGUGGGGGCCCCUGGACGGGCGGCAGGGGCUGGGGCCACACGGGGCCCUCGGGCCGGUUACCUCAGUGACGGGGACUCUCCGGAGCGCCCAGCGGGGCCCCCAUCGCCCACUGCCUUCCGGCCCUACGAGGCGGGCCCCCCAGCCCAAGCGCCGCCUGCCGCACUCUGGGGCCGCCUCAGCCUACACUUGUACGGGCUGGGGGGGCUGCGGCCGGCACCUGGGGCCACCCCCAGAGACCUGUGCUGCCUACUGCAGGUGGAUGGGGUGGCCCGGGCCCGAACGGGGCCGCUGAGGGGGGGGCCCGACUUCCUGCGGCUGGACCACACCUUCCACCUGGAGCUCGAGGCUGCCCGGCUGCUGCGGGCCCUGGUGCUGGCAUGGGACCCCGGUGUUCGGCGACACCGGCCCUGUGCCCAGGGCACUGUGCUGCUACCCACGGUCUUCCGAGGGUGCCAGGCCCAGCAACUGGCCGUGCGCCUGGAGCCCCAGGGGCUGCUGUAUGCCAAGCUGACCCUGUCAGAGCAGCAGGAAGCACCAGGCACAGCUGAGCCCCGCGUCUUUGGGCUGCCCCUGCCGCUGCUGGUGGAGCGGGAACAGCCCCCCGGCCAGGUGCCCCUCAUCAUCCAGAAGUGCGUUGGGCAGAUCGAGCGCCGAGGGCUGCGGGUGGUGGGGCUCUACCGUCUGUGUGGCUCGGCAGCUGUCAAGAAAGAACUUCGGGAUGCCUUUGAGCGGGACAGUGCAGCCGUCUGCCUCUCCGAGGACCUGUAUCCCGAUAUCAAUGUCAUCACUGGCAUCCUCAAGGAUUAUCUUCGGGAGUUGCCCACCCCGCUCAUCACCCAGCCCCUCUAUCAGGUGGUGCUGGAAGCCAUGGCCCGAGGACCCCCAAGCAGGGCGCCCUCCAGCACUGAGGGCACCCGUGGGCUCCUCAACUGCCUGCCGGAUGUGGAGAGGGCCACGCUGACGCUUCUCCUGGACCACCUGCGCCUCGUCUCCUCCUUCCACGCCCACAAUCGCAUGACCCCGCAGAACCUGGCCGUGUGCUUCGGUCCCGUGCUGCUGCCGGCGCGCCAGUCACCCGCCAGGCCCCGCAUCCGCAGCUCUGGCCCGGGCCCCACCAACGCUGUGGACUUCAAGCGCCACAUCGAGGUGCUGCACUACCUGCUGCAGGCCUGGCCAGAUCCCCGCAGGCCCCCGGAGCCUCCGGACGUCGCCCCGUACGUGCGGCCCAAACGGCAGCCGUCGCUGCACUUGCCACUCGCCAGCCCCGAGGUGGUGACUCGGCCCCGCGGCCGGGGCGGCCCCGAAAGCCCCCCGAGUAACCGCUACGCGGGUGACUGGAGCGUUUGCGGGCGGGACUUCCUGCCGUGUGGGCGGGACUUUUUGUCCGGGCCAGACUACGAGCACGUGACGGGCAGCUGCAGCGAGGACGAGGACGAGGACGCGGGCGAGCCGGCGGGCGCCGCUGACUUCGACGAUGACUUCGAGGCGCCCUUCAACCCGCACCUGAACCUCAAAGACUUCGACGCCCUCAUCCUGGACCUGGAGAGAGAGCUCUCCAAGCAGAUAAACGGAAAGCCCCGUGAUUGCCUCAAACCAGGAAACGGAGAUAGCAGAGCCUGGCCCUUCCCCUCCCCCAUUCUUCCUCCACAUCCCUGAAGAAACUGAGCACUUACAAGACCUCCCUGUGGAGGGGCCCCACCUGAAAUGUCAGGCUGGGGGCACUUUGGUACGGAACAUAUUUAUUGCCUCCGUGCGUGUGUGUCUGUGUGUGAGGACUAGUGUGCAUGGGUGGACACGUCUGGAGCAGGCGUAUGGGGCUCUUUCAGGGACCUCUGAGAGGGAAAGAGUUCGCAGUGGCCAGACACCCUAAAAUCCCCAGUAAUGGAGCCACAGUGGGCCCCAGAGCUCCAAUGGGAGAGUAGGGUCCCCUCCUGUCUCCCCCACCUUCCCUCACUCCCAUCUUUGUGGACAAAUAAAUCAAUAUGCACAC